UUCUAGGGUGGGAUCAGAUACAAGGAAGAGAGUUAGAAAAAAAAAACUUUGUAGAUGUAUUUUGUUUUUAGAUGGAGAAGUCUCUUGAAUUGGGCAACAUGACGAGAGUCCAAGAGUUUGUCCUAAUGGGCUUGUCCACAAGGCUGGGGAUAAGGGAGGCCCUGUUUGUCGUCUUUCUGACUCUCUACCUGCUGACGCUCCUGGAGAACACACUCAUCAUCUACCUCAUCUGUAGUCACAGUGAGCUCCACAAGCCCAUGUACUUCUUCCUGGGCAACCUCAGCUGCCUGGAGAUGUGCUAUGUGUCAGUCACCAUGCCCACCCUACUCAUGGGGCUGUGGACAGGACCCUGCCAUGUUCCAUUCACAGGUUGUAUGACCCAACUCUUCUUCUUCAUCUCUCUCAUCUGCACAGAGUGUACCCUCCUGGCCUCCAUGGCUUAUGAUCGCUAUGUGGCCAUCUGCCGCCCACUGCACUACCCACUGCUCAUGAGGCCACAGGUCUGCCUGGGCUUAGCCUUGUCUUCAUGGCUGGGUGGGUUGCUAGUCUCAGUGAUCAAAACAGCAUGCAUUGCAAGUCUGUCCUACUGUGGUCCCAAUGUCCUCAACCACUUCUUCUGUGAUGUCUCUCCUCUUCUGAAUUUGUCCUGCACCCACGUGGCCCUCACAGAGCUGGUCGACUUCAUCUCAGCCAUCGUCAUCCUCUGGGGUUCACUCCUUGUGGCCAUGGCCACCUAUGUGGCCAUUGGGAGGACAGUUCUGGCCAUGCCAUCAGCUGCUGCCCGCCACAAAGCCUUCUCUACCUGUGCCUCCCACUUGGUAGUGGUGGGCAUCUUUUAUUCAGCCACUAUCUUCAUCUAUGCUCGCCCUAGCCGCAUAGAAGCCAUGGACCUCAAUAAGGUGCUGUCUGUCAUCUACACAGUGGUCACCCCCAUGUGCAACCCCAUCAUCUACUGUCUGAGGAACAGGGAGGUGCAAUCAGCUUUCCGUAGAACCAUGCACUGGUCCUCAGUUUGA